CAUGGAGGACAUACCUUUAAGCCACUGGCAGAAAUCUAUGAGCAGCAUGUCACAAAAGUAAAUGAAGAAGUGGCAAAGCUUAGAAGAAGACUCAUGGAACUAAUCAGUUUAGUGCAAGAAGUGGAGAGGAACGUGGAGGCGGUGCGCAGCGCCAAGGAUGAGCGAGUUCGCGAAAUCAGAAACGCCGUGGAGAUGAUGAUUGCCCGCUUAGACACUCAGCUGAAGAAUAAGCUUAUAACAUUAAUGGGUCAAAAGACAUCACUUACCCAAGAAACUGAACUUCUGGAAUCCCUGCUCCAGGAAGUGGAACAUCAGUUACGAUCAUGCAGUAAGAGUGAGUUGAUAUCCAAAAGUUCCGAGAUCCUGAUGAUGUUCCAGCAGGUUCAUCGGAAACCCAUGGCCUCAUUUGUCACCACUCCAGUUCCACCAGACUUCACAAGUGAAUUAGUUCCAGCCUAUGACUCAACUACCUUUGUCUUGGAAAACUUUAGUACAUUGCGUCAGCGAGCAGAUCCUGUUUACAGUCCACCUCUCCAAGUGUCAGGACUCUGCUGGAGAUUAAAAGUUUAUCCGGAUGGAAAUGGAGUGGUACGGGGCUACUACCUGUCUGUGUUCUUGGAGCUGUCUGCUGGAUUGCCAGAGACAUCCAAGUAUGAGUACCGUGUAGAAAUGGUUCAUCAGUCCACCAAUGAUCCAGCUAAAAACAUAAUUCGAGAGUUUGCCUCUGAUUUUGAAGUUGGAGAAUGCUGGGGCUACAACAGGUUCUUUCGUCUAGACUUGCUAGCCAACGAAGGCUAUUUAAACAGGCAGAAUGACACUGUGAUUCUAAGGUUCCAAGUGCGCUCACCGACCUUCUUCCAAAAGUGUCGAGAUCAACACUGGUACAUUGCUCAGUUGGAAGCAGCUCAGACAAGUUAUAUCCAACAAAUAAAUAACCUUAAAGAGAGGCUUGCAAUUGAACUUUCCCGGACCCAGAAAUCACGAGGCAUUUCACCUCCAGACACUCAUCUUAGUCCCCAGAAUGAUGAUAGUUCAGAAACUAGAUCGAAGAAGCCUGGACAAAGUGCUGAAGUGCUGCUUGAGAACGUUGCCGCUCCAGGGGUGCGAGAGAGCAAGGAAGAUGAUGAGGAGAAAAUCCAGAAUGAAGACUUCAAUCAUGAACUCUCUGAUGGUGACCUGGAUGUAGAUCUCACUGGAGAUGAUGAAGUAAACCACCUUGAUGGUAGCAGCUCUUCAGCCAGCUCAACAGCAACUAGUAACACUGAAGAGAAUGAUAUUGAUGAAGAAACUAUGUCUGGUGAAAAUGAUGUUGAAUACAGCAAUAACAUGGAGUUGGAAGAAGGAGAUCUCAUGGAGGAUGCCGCUUCUGCGGCUGCUGCUGCUCCUGGAGCAUCAGGUACUAGCCAUGGCUACGCCAGCGCAAGUGGAAGAUCUUCCAGGCGGGGAGGGAGUACCCUAGGCUCAGCAGCCAGUAGCAGCUUAUUAGAUAUCGAUCCCUUAAUUUUAAUCCACUUGUUGGAUUUGAAAGACAGAAAUGGUAUGGAAAACUUUUGGGGCCUUCAGCCACGUCCACCCGCUUCUCUUCUGCAGAGCAGAGCAACAUCCUACUCUCUGAAAGACCGAGAUCAGCGGAGACACCAGGCAAUGUGGCGUGUGCCCCCCGACUUGAAGAUGCUGAAGAGACUGAAAACUCAGAUGGCUGAAGUCCGAAGCAAAAUGUCUGAUGUAAAAAACCAACUGUCAGAAGUAAGAAGCAGCAAUGCUGGCACAUGUGAUGGACAACCCAGCUUCUUCUCUGUUGAGCAGGGCGCCUUAGCUGCGUGUGGAGCAGAAAGCUGCAGCAAGCUACAAGAAAUAGGAAUGGAACUACUGACAAAGUCUUCAGUUACAAGUUGUUACAUAAGGAAUCCUGCAAGUAAGAAAAGUAACUCCCCCAAGCCUCUUCGGCCGGGAGCGGGUAGCCUGUCUCUGCGAAGAGCGAUGGACUGCGCGGAUGGUCAUCUCCGCUCCAAGGGAGAGGCUCAAGCUUCUGAAGGCGGUGCAGGAGGCUCCAAGGCCAGCAGCAGGCACGGCUCUGCCAGGGCCCUGAGCAGCGGCUGCACCUCCGACGCGCUGCCCAAGCUGGAGGAAAGACCCUGUGAAGGCUCCGAUUCCGAUGUGGGAGUUUCUGGCUUAAAUGGGUUGGCUGCUGCAGAGAAGACCAGGAAAGUCGGAGCUCUAGGAUCCAAUGCCAAGGGGUGUCGUUCGGAAGGAACGCAGGCAGCCGACCUGGAGACCGACACCGGCGAAGGGCAGGACGCGCUCCCUGACGGGGCUUUGGCUGCGGCCGGCGAAGCUGGGGUAUGUCAGAAGCAUGUCCUUCAUCUCCUGCCAGGGAUGAGCAGCGAUAGUGACAUUGAAUGUGACACAGAAAAUGAAGAGCAGGAGGAUGCCAACUCCACCUCGGAGGGACUUAACCAUGCCUUCUCUGUGCAGUCCUCGAGUGAAGCCUUAGAGCGGUGCUCGGUAUUCCCGGAGGGUGAUCCGGUAGGCUCUGAUGAUCUCAGCUUCGUUACUGGAGAAGACAGCACCAGGUAA